AUGGCCACGGCCGUCAACAUAAUUCCGAUAUCUAUGCCAAAUACCAACUUUAUCGCCGGAGCAGUUUGGGAUGCUCAAACGCAAAGUAUUUAUGCGGUAGAUUUUGUUUCGCCAACCGGAGUCAAUUCAAUAUAUCGUUAUGACUACAAUACGGGUCAAAUUUAUGGAGCACAAAUCACUGGCGAACAAUCGCCGUCAUUUAUCUACCCAGUUGAAGGAUGUGACAAUGAAUUCGUUGUUGGUCUUCUUGGUGUUGUCAAAGUUAUACGCUGGGAUGGAGUAUCACCAACCGCUACGGUGGUUCGAACACUGUUCGAAGCCUAUGGCCAUCUAAAUUAUGCUUACGCCGAAAAAAAAGGUCGCCUGUUUACGGGUACUUUGAACAGAACAACAUUCUGUGCAGCUGACAACGUAUAUGCAACGUAUCGCUAUGCAAAAUACCAACUUACAACCAUUUUUACAAAUAUGAAAAUUACUACGGGAUUGAUCAACUAUGAGUUGAAUAAAUUUUACCACGGCGAUGCAUGUCGCUAUCAAAUCGUCGAACUAGAUUACGACUGCAAAACGGGAGACGUAAAUGGACACCAUCGCCAAGUGAUCAUUCGACUGAAAUACGAUCACCAAAAGGAAAAGCAUUCGGCAAAAAUGCCAGCAGAUGGCUUUAUGUUUGUUCGGCUGGUCGAUCGUUUACUCCUUCAGGAACUGACGGAUGGGUGA